CGUCAUUUUGAUUCCUGAAUGGCAUCACUCGGAUCUGAUUGGCCGCUGCGACCGCGAGCUGUUGAUCCGGAGAGGGGGGCGUGCCUGAGGCGAGCUCCGCCGCGGGUAUAUGAGCGGCUGUCCUCCUCUCAGCCGUCAGAAGGAAACGCUCACGUAAAACAGUGCGCAGCAGUUCCCUCCUGGAAGUUACACACCAAAAAAGAGCCGCCUCUGCUUCUUCUGCCGCAGCGGACCCACUCGGACUCCAGCACAGUUUAUUUCCAGCAGCACAGAGAGGAGCAGAACUUUAGAGAAAUGCAGUCUGUGUACCAGCACCUGAUCAGCCUGCUGUUGGUCUUCAGCAGCCUGCAGGUCCCUCAGCUGACCGAGGGCUGCUCUUGUGCUCUCGGGCACCCGCAGGACGCCUUCUGUAACUCCGACAUAGUGAUCCGAGCUAAAGUGGUCGGCAAGAAGCUCCUGAGAGACGGACCUUUUGGAACAAUGCGUUACACCGUCAAGCAAAUGAAGAUGUACAAAGGAUUCGAAAAAGUUCAGCAUGUGCAGCACAUUUAUACAGAUGCCUCCGAGAGUUUGUGUGGUGUCAAGUUUGAGAUCAACAAGUACCAGUACCUGAUCACAGGUCGUGUAUACGACGAUAAAGUUUACACAGGGCUCUGCAACUUCAAUGAGAGGUGGGAACGCCUUUCACUGGCACAGAAGAAGGGCUUCAACCACCGCUACCAGCUGGGCUGCAACUGCAGGAUUAAGCCCUGCCACUACCUGCCCUGCUUUGUGACCUCAAAGAAUGAGUGCCUGUGGACAGACAUGCUGUCCCACUUUGGCUAUCCUGGCUACCAGUCCCGGCACUACGCCUGCAUCCAGCAGAAGGAGGGCUAUUGCAGCUGGUAUCGAGGCAUGACCACUCGUGAUAAAACUGUCAUCAAUGCCACUGAUCCCUGAUUGCAAGGACAUCCUACCAGAAACCAACUUUCUCCCACCCCAUUUCUGUCCCCAACUCGGAUUACUUUUACUGGACUUGUGAUGGCCUUCUCUAAAAGGCAGAAAAGAGCAGAUAGAUUACAGUGCCUGUCUGUAGCACUUCUGAUGUUUUUGUAAAGAGGGCCCUUUAACCUUGUAAUGUUUUCCCACUCAGUCAACUACCAUCGUGUUUGGAUCAGUGGUUGUAACAACAGAAAUGCAUAGAAGUACAUAAAAGUUUAUCAGACAUUUAUACGGGAAGACCAUUAUCAACCUCUGAUGGGAGCUUAAAAAUUGAAGAAGCGUCACUGACCUUAAACAGCUAAUCUACUGAUAAUUUGAUUGAAAUGUUGGCAAAAUGCAGAUCAUCUUCUAAAAAAAUAACACACACCAAACUAAAGAUGUUGUGAAAUGAUAUCUUGUUAUUCACAACAGUAGACCUUAGUGAUGCAAACCCAAUUAUCACUCCUGCAUGGCACUUGCAAGCAACACUGCCAAAAGACAUUUCAAUAAUGAUUUUGUGCCAUAAUGCGAGGUAUGUCAAUUGUACUUUUAUAUUCAAAUUCUGAAAACUUGUUGAAAAUGUAGUUUCAGAUCAGUUAUCUUCAGUUGUUACUGUAACAUCUGUCUUUAAGAUGGUAGUGCCUCUGCUUCUCUAAGCAGUUGCACUGCAGCCCCCAACCACCUCCUCGUUUGUUUUGCAUAGAUUAUAUCAGAGAAAUUUUAACAUUGACACAGUGCCAACGCAGGGAAGAGCUCAUUUUUUGAAUUGUGAUAUUUUGUUUAAUGCUGUAUAUACAGAUAAGCUAAAGAAAUGCAGAAAUCUCUAUAAUGCAUUUAUUUAUGUUUAUUGGAAGUGCAAAAACAGAAAGAAAAAAAAAGUACAACGUAGUCUCACAUACAUUACAACCUGCAGAGCAACACUUGCAAUCAGUUAGAGUGAAGGACAAGCAUCUAUUUUGUAUGGUACUUUUUGUGUUCAAUCAUGGUUCCCUUUGUUGGUACUAUUCAACAACCCAUCAAUAGUACAGUCUAAACUGGUUUCACUGUAUGAGUAUGAGAUAUUUUCUAAAUGUAUAUUCAAUCUUUUGUAUUUAACUAUUUUAAAUGAACAUCAUAGAUUAAUUUUAUUGUCACUAAGAUCAUUCUUAUUGACCUGCUCCAAUCUGGAUUUUUUUUUGUUACUGUUAGCUUCCCUUCAGUCCAUUCCAUCAGCAGACACAGAUUUGCCUCAAAUGGAUUAGCGACCCAUCAGCAAAUUUUUGUUUGAAGGCCUACAGGAGACAUUUUCAAAAGGUUUUCCAUUUCAGAAAAAAAUGGGUUUUAAAAAUGAUCAUCACUAAGAUCAAGAUGGAUACGAAGCUAAAGACGGGUGUCGUGUAGAUCAGUUUAGAUUACGUGGGUUAGAUAAGAUGCAGAAAUGUAAGAUACAGGAAACAACUAUUUUUUGUUUUCAGCUGUCAGCAUCAUAAGUUUUCCAUAAAAAUUAGAAACUUUUUUCCUAAACAAUUACAUUUCAAAUAAAACUUUAGCUUCAGGCUAGAGAAUGAUACCCACAUUUCUAGAUGAUCUUAAACUAAGCUAUCUAACUAACUUGCAGAUGCAGUGCUUCACUUAAUCUUUUCUUCAAGCAACACAAUUUUGGGUUAUCACCCAAAAUGCUUCUUGAAAAAAAUGAGAAAACAGAUUUUUUUAUUAAUGGGCACUAUUGCCUUUAUAUGUUUUCUUGAGGUUCUUCCUCCAGUUGUGGCAUUUCUGUGUCAUUAUUUCUGUGGUUUCUGUUCAUGUAAAUAUAUUGUCUGCUUAACACAGAAACAAUUGGUCAAGUUCAAACUAAAAAAUAGGAAAAACUGAAACCAAGAAAGCUGUGUACAGUCUGUGUGUAAGCACUGAUUCCUGAAUUGUGUGGGGUGGGUGAGGUGUUACCUUGUAAGGGUAGAGAAAUGUUUGACUUAAUUUCUGUGUUUUAUAUUUUUAUAAUAAAGAGCCAAGGAAAAAUGGA